AUGUUAUUCCGUACUCUUUUUGGAGUGCUAUCGCUCCUGGUAGCCAGCGCCUACUGUGAAGUUGUGCGAUACGAACGCCCAUCCAUCUACGACAAGUCUGCACACUUCGCACUCCAAGUCAAUGGAACCGAGAUGUACACCGUCAGCUAUGCUGGCUAUGACUACGUCCAUCUCUCCAUGGACCAGGGCCACCCAACAGAAUUCCGAAUCAGAACCCUGUCCCAGGGCUCAACUAUCAAAUCCUAUUCGAUUACACCUAAGCAGCUCCCCAUCAAAGCGAAAGUGGAGGGAAACGAGCUCGUUUGGUCCAUGGAGAAGGUGCACUAUCUAAUCGUCAAGAUUGAUGACCUGAAAGAGUUUGUCAUCGUCGUCGACCCUAAAGAAACAAAUGCUCCGAAAUCGAAGGGAACCGGUAUCUUCAACGUGCUCGAUUACAAGGCCGACAAUACCGGAAAGACCAUCACCACGGGAAUCCAGGCUGCUAUGGACGCAGCCGCUAAGCAACCAGGAAGCAUCGUAUAUGUCCCCGCCGGUCUAUAUCAAAUCGGAAACCUGAUGCUCCGCAGUAAGACGUCUCUCUAUCUGGCGGGUGGAUCAGUCUUGCGGUUUACAGGCAAGCCUAGCGACUACAAGAAGCUCUACCAUAAGAGCGAUCUUUUCGACGGCACAUGGUGGAUCCAAACCGAAUUCGACUCUACAGAUAUCAAGGUGUACGGACGAGGAACUAUUGAUGGAAACGGAUAUAACACACGCCAAAAUAAGUACAUGGCGGACCUGCUGGUGCCCGUCGGUACCAAGAACUUCCGCUGCGACGGAGUCUUGGUCCGAGACAGUUCCUUCUGGGCAGUUACUCCUAUCCAGGUUGAGGAUGCUCUGUUCACAAACCUGAAGAUUCUCGACCGCCUUGACGUUACUCAGAAUGACGGAAUUGAUGUUGUUGAAUCCACAAGAGUGACCGUCAGACGCGCCAUUGCCAUCGCUAACGACGAUAGUUUCUCGACCAAGACUUGGCCCUACAAGACUGGAACAACUGUGCCAUACCCUUACUCGCCAAGACCUCUCAGCGACGUGGUAUUUGAAAACACGGUUGCUUGGACCAAGUGCUACGGCUACAAGGUUGGCCAAGGUGUUCUCCAAAGACAGAACAACGUGACCUUCAGGGAUGGCACCGUGUACGCCGCUGGUGUCGGUAUCGGCAUCCAUCAUCUAUUCGGGACAGAGAAGGCUACCAAGGUCACAUUCCAAGAUAUUGACAUUGAGAACCUGGCCGGAAGUCCCGGCGGGCGUGGUACAUGGCUGGCCGUAUGGAUUGCCCAAGGCGGCAGAGGCGUUGGCUCGGUUGAGGACAUUCUCAUCAAAAACAUCAAGGCCCGGGACCAGGGCCACAAGAAUGGGUUCCUGCAAGGAUACAACGCGUCGGCGAAAGUUAGCGGUGUGACGUUUUCGGACGUGUACAUGCUGGGAAGCACGAAGCCCGCUACGUCGCUGAAGCAGAUGAACUUGCUGAACACCAGCUAUUCGGAGAACAUCAAGUUUGCUAACUCAAAGUAA